UUUGAGCUCUGUAGAAGCGGGCAGCAGGAAGCCACCCUCUGUUCCAGGUUCUGGGAGUUGGCCAGAAUGGCAAAUUUUAAAGGCCACGCUCUUCCAGGAAGUUUCUUCAUCAUCUUUGGCCUCUGGUGGUCUGUGAAAUAUUCACUGAAAUACCACAGCAGGAAAUUGAACAGAAAUGAUCAGGCACAUCAUAGCUUUAAGCAUCUGGACGUCAUUGAAGGGGCUGUCAAAGUUGCCUUUGCAAUAAUAGGGAUCCUCGCUGAGCAGUUUGUUCCAGAUGGUCCCCACUUGCACCUCUACCACUAUGGGGAAGAACAUGGUUGGGUGAAGCUGAUGAACUGGCAACACGCGACCAUGUACCUGUUCUUUGGCUUCACAGGAGUGAUGGACAUACUGACCUAUUCCCCAGCCAAAGCACCUGUAGGAUUGGAUCGCCUCAUGCUUGCUGUCGCACUCUUCGUUGAAGGGUUCCUCUUCUACUUCCAUGUCAGCAACCGACCAAUGCUGGAUCAACACAUCCAUUCCCUGCUGCUGACAGCCAUCUUUGGUGGAGCUGCCAGCACCCUGAUGGAAGUCUUCCUACGGGACAAUGUCAUCUUGGAGCUGUUCCGUGCCAGUCUUUCCCUCCAGCAAGGAACCUGGCUUUGGCAGAUAGGUUUUGUGCUAUUCCCACCUUGGGGAAGACCAGAGUGGAAUGAGGAAGACCACCACAACAUGAUGUUCAUCACCAUGUGCUUUUGCUGGCAUUAUGCCACGGCUAUCCUCAUUACAGCUAUUAACUAUACCCUGGUUCAUUGCUGCAUCCAGAGCCAUCAAAGAAACGACGGACAAACUGAGUUCAGGCUCGGAAUCAGGAAAAAGAAUCAUGAUAAAAGUGCCCACGCAACCCUCUUAAAUGAAUCGGAUGAGGAAUGA